AUGCCUAUUACGAUUUCGUCCUACGACUUAUUAACAUACCAUGAAGAAGAAGUAUUUGAAGAUGCAGAAGUGAGAAGAUUUGUCUUGAACCAUGGAGCGGAAAUAUUUGAAUUGCCUCGAUUCGAAAGUAAGAGAACCUCGUUACAGGAAAAGUCUUUCGUACCUGCAACUUUGAUCUGUGAUUCGGAGACGCUAGAGCAAUCAAUGGCAGAGCCGUGGGAUUUGGAAGAUCCGAAAUUUAAAGAAUACUUCGAGCUUCAGAAAAGACAUAAGGAAGACUUUCUACUUGAAAUCCAGUCUAAGGGUAUUACAUUAACGAGCGAUAGAGAACGGGUUCAAAAAGAGGGCCAAGCUCUAACUAAUUUAAAACAUAUCAACUACUAA